AUCCCUCUGUGCAUGUAAUCAACACCCUUCUACAACAGCAGACUUCAUUCACACACACCCGGUAUUCCAGACUUCCACUCCACAGUCCAUAUAUACUGAAGGAGAGUUUUGCCAAAAGAAAUAAACCUUUUAUUUUCGCGUAUAUAUGUUCUAUUAUAAUAAGUGAAAACAUCCCUGGGAAUUAAAGGUCUAUCAAGCUGUGGUGUUAAUGAUGUCACACUGCUCUUUAUAAAGCCAGCCUUGCCUGCAUUUGAGAAGGUCACAUAUAAGUCUGGUAUCAGCGAGCAAAGAGUUUCCAAUGGACUUGCAUAGAACAGCUUUCAAGAUGGAGAAUUCUUCCUACCUCCCUAACCCCCUUGCAUCUCCAGCUUUGAUGGUCCUUGCCUCCACAGCAGAGGCUAGCCGAGAUGCCUCUAUCUCUUGCCAGCAGCCUAGACCUUUUGGAGUACCCGUCUCAGUGGACAAAGACGUCCACAUCCCCUUCACCAAUGGUUCGUACACCUUUGCUUCAAUGUACCAUCGUCAGGGUGGGGUGCCAGGGGCCUUCCCGAACCGAGAUUUCCCCCCUCAGCUGUUGCAUCUGCAUCCUCAAUUUGCACCUCCAAACCUGGACUGUACCCCCAUCAGCAUGUUGAACCAUAGUGGUGUUGGGGCAUUCCGGCCUUUUGCCUCCGCUGAAGAUAGAGACAGUUAUCAAUCUGCCUUUACGCCUGCCAAAAGACUAAAGAACUGCCAUGAAACCGAAUCCCCCCAUCUGAGGUUUUCAGACUCUGAGGGCAAGGAAUAUGAGUUCACAGCCCAGCUCCCAUCCAGUUCCCCCAGCUCUCUAAAGCUAGAUGACUCUGGAAAAAAGGUCUUUGCUGUAUCAGGUCUCAUCUCUGACCGAGAAAAUUCUGCAAGCCCUGAAGAAAGUCGAAACGAAAGAUGCAAGAAGAAGGCAACUCUGUACGAUACUCAAGCUCCAAUAUGCCCCAUCUGUCAGGUACUGCUCCGUCCAAGUGAACUACAGGACCAUAUGGAACAAGAGCUGGAAAAGCUCACUCAAAGCAACUUAUGUAAGCACUCCAUGUUGAAGGACAGCACACUCCAAGGGACUGUGAAGCCUCUUAGCACAACUGCUGACCUGCACAACACCCUUUCUUCAAGUACAGAAAGAAGAAAAGGAGGGAGAGAACAGUCAGUUUUGCUAUCAGCACCAAUUAAAAGGGAAGGGGAGUCACCUACAGCGUCACCUCUCUCUGCAGACGACACUCAUCACUCCGACAGAUACCAGACAUUUUUGCGAGUAAGGUCCAACAGGCAAGCAAGGCUGAAUGCACGGAUAGGGAAAAACAAGAGGAAGAAGGCCUCAGAGGAUGGCCAGGUAUGUCCACUAUGCAAUGAGACGCUUUCUGGAUCUAUGGAGGAGAUGAGUAGACAUGUGGAAGCCUGCCUGGACAAGAGAGAUGGUUCUUACACAAAUGAUGAUGAAUCUGUGGACAUAGAAAAUGAGAGUGCAAGUGGGAACAGAUUUGAAGAAUAUGAAUGGUGUGGGCAGAAGAGAAUACGCGCUACAACCUUAUUAGAAGGUGGUUUUCGAGGAUCUGGGUUUGUCACCUGCAGCAGUAAAGAAAAUCAUGACAGUGAUGCAGAUCUUGAUGUGGAUGGAGACGACACCUUGGAGUAUGGGAAACCACAAUACACAGAAGCAGAUAUUAUACCAUGCACUGGAGAAGAACCAGGGGAGGCCAAAGAGAGGGAGGCACUACGUGGAGCUGUGCUAAAUGGUGGAACUCCAAGCAAUAGAAUAACACCGGAAUUUUCCAAAUGGGCCAGUGAUGAAAUGCCCUCAACAAGUAAUGGAGAGAGUGGAAAACUAGAAAUGCAGACACAGAAGACAUGUAAAAACAGCGAGAUUGAAAAGAUAUCGGAAGAUGCAACUGUAACGACAAUUGAAGCACUGAAAGCCCGCAUCCGUGAAUUAGAACGACAGCUGUCCCGUGGGGAUAGAUAUAAAUGUCUUAUUUGUAUGGAUUCCUACUCGAUGCCCCUUACAUCAAUCCAGUGCUGGCACGUUCAUUGUGAGGAAUGCUGGCUCAGAACAUUGGGUGCCAAAAAGCUGUGUCCACAGUGCAACACAAUCACAUCCCCUGGAGAUCUCAGGCGCGUGUAUUUGUGAAGAAGUAGGAUAUGGAAGAGAGGCCACAGUUAUCCUGAGGUCUAGUUAGACACAAUGCCUCGCAGCAGGAAGAGGACCAUGGACAUUUGUGGGGUAGCACCAAAAAAAGUGUACAAAUAUUCCAUUUUUGUUUUUCUCUUAAAUGUUUGGAAGAAGAGAGGCAACCCAUCCAGGUGGAAAACUUGGUAAUCCUGUUAGUUGUACCUUUAAAAAAAAAGGAUCCCCAAUACCCAUCCGAGUUUUAUCAGAUGAUUGAUGCUCUGAACUUAUACACAAGCUCCUCCCUAAUUCUGGUUCUGGAAGCUACGUCUGCUAGAAGACAUUCUGGGCUGUACAUUGUGAAUGGACCUGUACUGUGUUCUAUUGUGGUGUUAUAGUGACAAAAAAAAGAUGAAGCACAUGUAAUAUAAAUUAUGUAUGUUUACACCAUUGAUUGUGUAUAAAUGGAAUAGACUUAUGAACAGUGCAUACUAAUAAGUCCUUAAUCAUUUUGAGAGAAAAAAAGAGAAGCGAUACGCAUUAAACCUUCAGUAAUUUUUACCCGACUGCCUAAGAUUGAAGUAUCUGGAGCUGUUGGUUAAAAAUGAAUCUGGUAUAAUGAAUAAUUUGUGGUGUAUAUUUCUCAUUCAGAGUAAAGGAACAGCUUUGGUAAUGGCUGUAAUAAUACCCAUAACUUAAAUGCUAAAUGAUGUAGACAAGUUGGCUUGUCUUAGUUGUAACAAAUGGGCUGCUUGUACUAGAAGCCUGACCCAUUUUAAAUAUCAGGCAGCCGCAGCAGCAGUCCACUGAGGGAAAAAUAGGCUGAGCCCAAUGUAGAGGCCACGGUCCACUCCCUGAACUGUAAGCUGUGUUUGUUCUUGUGGACCAGCGUUGUGCUGUGUGUCUCAGUUGUACCAGAAUAUGUAACCAGUUAUAAUGUUUGUUCUUCAUGUGAAAAUUCCUGGAAUAUACUCAAGGAUUUGAAGGUAGAUUUUGAAAGGGAUGCAGAGCUCUCGUGAUACAUAGUUGCCUGCAACAAUUUGGCAUCACUGCCCCUCUCAAACAUGGUAACUGAAUUGGCUUCAUCCACUGUUUCUGAACAUCUUUCCAGUGUUACCAGUUGUUAAAGUUUGUACAGCCCAUCAUUAUACGUCUCCCAGUUUUAGUGUUGUGUCUUGUUAAUAAGGUGGUUAGACUUUGGUUCCUGAUUCUCUUCUGUAUCACAUUUAUGCUACAUUCUGGGACGAUCACAAAGACGUGCAGCUUGUAAUUUCAUAUAAAAUGCUUGGCUCCCAAGGAACCAAUCAUAAAACAAGUGGAGCCAUUAAAAUCCACUCAAUUCUUUACAAAAACACUUGUGGGCUAUGACAACCCACAGGUCUAAAAAGAAACAAAAAUAUUACUGAUUUAUUGUAGAAACUGACCUUUGGUGUAAAAGGAAUCUCCUGGCCAGAGGGCUAUAUGAUACAAUUUAAAUGUAACAACUGUUUUGACGUUGGUUGGACAUAGUUGCAAUUCCUUACAAUUUUAGUUCCUUUUUUUUCUCUUUAAUGACCAGUUGCUGUUUUGAUGUUUCCAGACAUCCCAUAAACGCUGGACUUUUUUUAAAAACAACGAUUGCCACAGUUCAUGUAAUAUGGCUUUAAUGAACAAAGCUUGAAAUAUCCAUUAACACACUGGCAUUUGCUAAUAAAAUAUUCAGAGUCCUUGCAAAAUAAAUUGUGGUUGUCUGUGCCAGUACAGAAGCAAAUUAUUUAAUUAUAAGGUAUUUUCUGGUUUGCACUCUAUGUGUUGUUUAUUCUGAGGAAUUAAAAAUCAUGGGGUCUAUUUUAAGCAAUUACAUGCAAGCAGGUAUUAGACUAUUGUUUGCUUAAAAAUACUAACAAGUGUCAAAUCUGGACAUUCCAUGGCACAUAAUUGUAAAUAACCAUUUAAAUUUGGGUGAUAUUUUGAUCAAUCAGACAGGAUAAAAUUUUCUUUAAUUGUUAAAUGCUGAGAGUAUGAAGUUAAAUAACAGCAGUAGUGUUGAGCUAGAAACUCCAUAUGAAACUGUUGUUAAAACUGAUAGCAAUGUGCAACCUACCAGACAACCGACCUGAUCUUCAUUGAUGGCGUUAUCAAGGUUUGUGAUGCAAAUACUGAAGAAGAAAGAAGUGCAAUCUUCGCAAUGGGUUUGUGAUGCCAUUUAUUUUGUGAAACACAUAGAUUAUGCUUAGUUUUAUUCAUUGUCAUUGUUUCUCCGUACUAUAGCCCAAAGUAGUGAGCUUUAUUGGGGGGAAACAGCAAAUGGGUUAUUCAUGUAGUUUAAAAAUAAUAGAAGUAGCAUUCUGGGAAUGGCAGUGAUGACUUGGAAAGUAGAACAAUUCAUAACUACCCAUGAAUGAGCUAAAUUAACUACAAUAAAUUGGCAGUAUCGUCAAGUAAUUUUCAUUUAGGUUUGUUGACAAGUGUUUGGGCCUCUAGGCUCAUUACAUUUGCUGUUUGUUUUUGCUAAGUGGAAAUGCUGCCUCAUAAGUUUCUUUCAUUCCAUUUCAUAAGGUACUACAAAUGAAGAUAUUCAAGAGGCAAAAUAAUUAACAAUAAGAAUUGCUGCUUUUCAUGUUCUCCAUUGAGUUCCUUUCAUGCAAAACCUUGUCCUCUUAUUAUUUCCAUAAUCUGUAAUGCACAGAUUUAUGUGAAUGAUUCACUAAUGAGAAUUAUGGCCAGAUGUUUGAAUACUCUUUCCAGUGAUACUUGAGGAUUGGGAGUCUGCCCACAGAUUUUUAUUUUCUUUUACCUUUCUGCACUGCACUAUUCCUUUGAAACUAUUGAUCGGGAGCUAUGUGAAAGUAACAUUGCAACUAGUCCUGAGAUUUUUUCCUCCACCCCUGCAGUGAAGAAACUUGCACUAUUUUUCAGACCCUGUUCUAGCCAGAGCCAGUGUGAAAGCAAGAACUUAGCAAGUAAAUAAAGUCAUCCUUAUCAUCCAGUUUUCUUUUAAUCCCUGUUUUAGACAAAUAAAGCAGAAGUCUUGCUUUGCUGUUUUUUCAAAUUUGUUGAGGAUGGAAUACAAGUUGACAGGAUGAAAAUGGUUAUAUAAUUUUCUGUACGUAACUUUCUGGUUUCAAAAUACGUGUUGUGAACAUCCACAAGUUAAUUUAAUCAUCUGAUGUUUGUUGCAUAUAAGUUGGUUAUUGUACUCAAUUCUUACAGACUAUGCUUAUUUUGUUUACCACCUUGAUAGAACUUCUCAGUGUUAGUAAGGGGCUGAAAGUUGGAUAAAGUUGAAAGGAGCUGACAUACUAAGAAAAGAUAUAUUAGUUGGAGUUUUUCUUCCUUGUUUGGUUUUCUUUAUUGAAACUCUUCUCUGCAAGUGUUUCUUUCCACCUUUUAUGAUGGUGCAUCUGUUUAUGGUGUCACUGCUAACAAAAUCGCACUAAGCCUUAUGCUAUUUAAGGUAGAAUUGUCUUUUACAAUUUAUGACUUAUGUAUAACAUCCAAUUCAGGCUGCAGAUCUAAUGGCACUGUUGAAUUCCAUUGUGUUUCAAAAAUCUUUUCCAGCCAGGUGUGUUACGAUGCUUGUCGAAUCUGUCAAAAUGCUUCCCUGCAAUCAGCAUUCAGAAGACUUGUUUCAAAUGAUCAUGAAGAAGGAUUUAACUGUAUUAAUUCCACAUUAACACCAUAUUUCUGAAGAACUACAUAACUUCCCAAUCCAUUCAGUACCAGACCUGUAAACAAUCAGGUAAAGUGAGUGAUUUUAAGAGGCAAACGUCCCUUGGAGAUGCAGUGGCAAACCUGAUAUGGAGUUACUUGUCAAGAUACUGAUUAAGUUAAUCAGCACUUGCAGCUAUUUCCUCCCUUCUCUUUAACAACCCCCAUCCCAAAAAAAGUGGGCACAUUGAAAUAAAUUCAAUCCACUUUUGUGUCAAUUGCUCAAUAGCAUAACUGAAUCAAAAUGCCAGGUUAUACAGAUGCCGAAUAAAACAGUUCCCACACUACCUCUCAUAGUUUUCUAUCUUCUGGAUGUACAUGACAUUUAAUAAAGGUACAUUCAUGUGGGGCUAUAUUUCAUAACAAACAUCUUUUGCAGUUCUUCUUACAGUGAAAUGAACUGGUGACGUUGGUGUGUGAAGACAAUAAUUAUUUUCCUUAAAGUUAAUUUGAUAAUUAUGUCCAGAGUAAUGGCAAAAGAACUUUAAUCAGAAUAUGGCAUGGUAUGUUGAGUUUAGAUUGAGAUGAGAUGGUUCUACCACAAGAGUAAUAUUCUCCACCAAGAUGUAAUCUCUACUCCUCUGUCCCAUUUUGCUUUGGAUCCACAGGCAACAUCCCAUGACAGAAGUCAAGUAUCCAUUAACUAUAAUUUGGUUUGCUAACACAAUUGUUCCUCCAUUUGGAAGAUAUGUAUUUUUUUCCUAUCUUUUCGCAUCGCCCUGAAGCAAAUGAAUCAUGGGGUGGGAAUUUGGUUACUAUGGGGAGGUUUAGGGUGGAAGCUGGGAUUGCUGAACUAAUUAUGUGCUCAGGUUGGGGUUUCAUACAUUUUCCUAAUGACAUACAAGGUCAUUCAAUCCUUUGGAUCUAUGCCAGCUUUUGGAGCAAUUCCAUCACUCCCACUCCCCUACUUUCCUGCAGCCCAGAUAGCCUCUCCAUAUUAAUGCAUUGAUUUUCCAGUGCACCAACAAUAAUAUCUUUACUUUGAUUCCUGUUUAACGUUGAAAUUCUGCUUGAGCCCUAAUUAAGUGCUGGAACCUUAGUGAGAAGUGACUUCAUGAAGCUCAGGAUAUAACAGCACGUACGAGGAUUCUGAAGAUCUAACAAUAGAAGUGAACUGUGGAAUGAGCAAAAUAAGGCCAAAGAUGUAACAAGUUAGAACUGCAUUUUUAUGAGUGCUUCCUUCCUUCCCGCCUCCCCUACUGAACAUUUAAACAGCAGGACUGCAUUGUGGGUAGAAAAGGAUACUGUAAGGUUGAGUGAUUUAACCACCUUCUGUCUGGUUUGCAAAUGUAAAAUUGAUGCAUUCUGUGCUUGACAUUGGCAUAGACCAAAAGCCUUUUAUUGUAGAAUUUGCGCUUUGUGUCUCCGUGUGAAGCCUGUACCUUAAAAGUAUUGGAUUUCUGAGUCUUGCUGUUGAAAUACUUGUAAAGAAAAUAAUAAAUUUUUUGUAACUC